AUGGCCGGCGUCAUCCUGGAGAGCAUCUUCCUGAAGCGCUCGCAGCAGAAGAAGAAGACGUCGCCCCUCAACUUCAAGAAGCGCCUCUUCCUGCUCACCGAGAGCAAGCUCUCCUACUACGAGUACGACUUCGAGCGCGGGCGCCGGGGCAGCAAGAAGGGCUCGGUGGACGUCGAGAAGAUCACGUGCGUGGAGACCGUGGUGCCCGAGCACAACCCGCCGCCCGAGCGGCAGGUCCCGAGGAAAGGGGAGGAUUACGGCAACGUGGAGCAGAUGUUCAUCAUCGAGCGCUUCCCCUACCCCUUCCAGGUGGUGUACGACGAGGGGCCCCUCUACGUCUUCUCGCCCACCGAGGAGCUGCGCAAGCGCUGGAUCCAGCAGCUCCGCAGCGUGACCCGCUACAACAGCGACCUGGUGCAGAAGUACCACCCCUGCUUCUGGCUGGACGGGCAGUACCUGUGCUGCUCGCAGACCGCCAAGAACGCGCUGGGCUGCAAGCUGCUGGAGAGCCGCAACGGCAGUUUAAAGGCCGGGCGGUCGCAUCGCAAGACCAAGAAGCCGCUGCCCCCGACGCCCGAGGAGGAGCAGGCGGGAGCCGCGGCUGCGCCCACGAUGCCGACGUGCCCGCUGGCGCCCAAGGCCCUGCCYGCGGGCGAGCUGAGGAAGGUGGUGGCCAUGUACGACUACGAGCCCAUGACGGCGCAGGACCUGCGGCUGCGCAAGGGCCAGGAGUACCUGCUGCUGGAGGAGAGCCACCUGCCCUGGUGGAAGGCGCGCGACAGGAGCGGGAGGGAGGGCUACAUCCCCAGCAACUACGUGACCGAAAGCAGCAAUUCCCUGGAGACCUUUGAGUGGUACUCCAAGAACAUCACCCGGAGCCAAGCGGAGCAGCUGCUGAAGCAGGAGGGGAAGGACGGGGGCUUCAUUGUCCGCGACUCGACCAGCAAGACGGGCAAAUACACGGUGUCCGUCUACGCCAAGGCGUCCUGCGGCGACGCCCAGGGCACCGUGCGCCACUACGUGGUGUGCCGCACGCCCCGCGACCAGUACUACCUGGCCGAGAAGCACCUCUUCGACAGCGUGCCCGAGCUCAUCACCUACCACCAGCACAACUCGGCCGGCCUCAUAUCCAGACUGAAAUACCCCGUGUCCCAGCACCAGCGGAGCGCUCCAUCCACGGCUGGCCUUGGCUACGGCUCCUGGGAGAUUGACCCGAAGGAUCUGACUUUCCUGAAGGAGCUGGGAACAGGGCAGUUUGGAGUGGUGAAGUACGGGAAGUGGCGAGGCCAGUACGACGUGGCCAUCAAGAUGAUCAGGGAGGGCUCCAUGUCAGAGGACGAGUUCAUCGACGAGGCCAAAGUCAUGAUGAACCUGUCUCACGAGAAGCUGGUCCAGCUCUACGGGGUGUGCACCAAGCAGCGCCCCAUCUUCAUCAUCACCGAGUACAUGGCCAACGGCUGCCUGCUCAGCUUCCUGAGGGAGGCCCGGCAGCGCUUCCAGCCCGCCGAGCUGCUGGAGAUGUGCAAGGACGUCUGCGAAGCCAUGGAGUACUUGGAAUCCAAGCAGUUCUUGCACCGAGACCUGGCUGCUCGCAACUGCUUGGUGAACGACCAGGGAAUUGUGAAAGUCUCCGACUUCGGCCUCUCCAGGUACGUGCUGGACGAUGAGUACACGAGCUCCAUGGGCUCCAAGUUCCCCGUUCGGUGGUCGCCCCCCGAAGUCCUCCUGUACAGCAAGUUCAGCAGCAAGUCGGACGUCUGGGCGUUCGGCGUGCUCAUGUGGGAAAUCUACUCCCUGGGCAAGAUGCCCUACGAGAGGUUCAAYAACAGCGAGACCACGGAGCACGUCAUCCAGGGGCUGCGCCUGUACCGGCCCCAACAGGCCUCCGAGCGCGUCUACGGCAUCAUGUACAGCUGCUGGCACGAGAAAGCUGAGGAACGGCCGCCGUUCUCGGCGCUGCUGGCCGCCAUCCUGGAGGUGAUGGAUGAGGAGCCGUGA